GGCUGUUACGUGUCAGUGCGGAGAGCGAGGGAUUCUGGGAGUCCGGCUGAUGGCCGAGCUGGAGGGCUGACAGCUCUGUUCUCAGCCGGGGACAUGUUCUAGGAGCCCGUACGGAAGGGUGGCUGCCUGCUCCGCACCAGCCACAGACCCUAGUCCCGCUUCUCCUCUGCUCUACCGCGGCGCAAACGGCAAACAUGUCCUCCUCCACCAGCAGUCCCGAGGCCAUCAAGAAGCUCCUGGAGAACAUGCAGAGUGACCUGCGGGGCCUCUCCAUGGAGUGCAAGAAGAAGUUCCCUCCUGUGAAAGAGGCUGCAGAAUCCGGGAUAGUGAAGGUAAAAAACAUAGCUGCUCGGAGCAGUGACGUGCUGACAGCAUUGAAGGAGAACAGUUCUGAAGUAGUUCAGCCAUUCCUGAUGGGCUGUGGAACAAAGGAACCGAAAAUCACUCAGCUUUGUCUUGCUGCUAUCCAGAGACUCAUGUCACAUGAAGUAGUGUCAGAGGCUGCUGCUGGCAAUAUAAUCAACAUGUUAUGGCAGCUGAUGGAAAAUGGACUAGAAGAACUAAAGCUUCUACAGACCGUAUUGGUGCUUCUCACAACUAACACAGUGGUUCAUGAUGAUGCCUUAUCGAAGGCAAUCGUUCUUUGCUUCAGACUGCACUUUACUAAAGAUAACAUAACAAAUAACACGGCCGCAGCGACUGUGCGUCAAGUGGUCACUGUGGUGUUUGAGAGAAUCGUGGCUGAAGAUGAAAGGCACAAAGAUGUUGUGGAGCAGCCUGUGCCUGGAAACAGUAAUAGGAGAUCUGUCAGCACUCUGAAGCCAUGUGCUAAAGAUGCGUAUAUGCUGUUUCAGGAUUUGUGUCAGCUGGUUAAUGCUGACGCCCCCUAUUGGCUGGUAGGAAUGACAGAAAUGACAAGGACGUUUGGUUUGGAACUUCUGGAAUCGGUCCUCAAUGACUUUCCUCAAGUUUUUUUGCAGCACCAAGAAUUUAGUUUUCUGUUGAAAGAACGGGUUUGUCCUCUUGUGAUUAAGCUCUUCUCGCCAAAUAUAAAAUUCCGUCAAGGCUCCAGUAGUAAUUCUUCUCCUGCUCCUGUUGAGAAACCUUAUUUCCCUAUCUGUAUGAGACUGCUUCGGGUUGUGUCUGUCCUGAUUAAGCAGUUUUAUGGACUUUUGGUGACAGAGUGUGAGAUCUUUCUGUCGCUACUAGUGAAAUUUCUGGAUGCUGAUAAACCACAGUGGCUACGAGCUGUGGCUGUGGAGUCUAUACACAGACUCUGCGUGCAGCCCCAGCUGCUCAGGUCUUUCUGCCAGUCUUAUGACAUGAAACAACACUCCACUAAAGUUUUCCGUGACAUAGUCAAUGCUUUGGGGUCCUUUAUUCAGUCUCUCUUCCUUAUACCAAGCGCUGGAAAUCCCUCUGCUGCAUCCAUCCCCAAUGUUGGAUCUAGCUCCAGUGUACCUGCCACAAACCAGGCGACAUCAGGGAUGGCAGCAGCAGUUGGUAAUGCCAUUGUGCUUCCAGCUUUUGAAUACAGAGGCACCUGGAUUCCUAUCAUGACCAUCUCUGUUCAAGGCAGUGCUAAAGCAACUUAUCUCGAAAUGCUAGACAAAGUGGAACCUCCAACUAUCCCUGAGGGUUAUGCUAUGUCUGUUGCAUUUCACUGCUUGCUAGAUCUGGUGCGAGGCAUCACUACUAUGAUUGAAGGGGAGAUCGGCCAGGCUGAAACAGACUCUCAGAUCUCAGCAGAAGAACCUCCACCGUGCACCAUUGAGCAGAAAGAUGGCAGUGCUGUGUCAGAUCCACCUGAAGAAGAGCCAGUUGGUAGAACUGUAUGGGAAGAGAUGAUCAAUGCCUGUUGGUGUGGACUUCUCGCAGCCCUCUCCUUGCUACUGGAUGCAAGCACUGACGAAACUGCAACAGAAAACAUAUUGAAAGCUGAAAUGACUAUGGCAUCUCUAUGUGGAAAGCUGGGACUUGUCACUCCAAGAGAUGCCUUCAUUACCGCCAUUUGUAAAGGCUCCUUACCGCCGCACUAUGCCCUGACUGUACUGAACACUUCAUCUGUUGCUUUAUGCAACAAAUCGUAUUCAAUCCAGGGGCAAAGUGUGCAGAUGAUCAGCCCGUCAAGUGACUCCCACCAGCAAGUAGUAGCAGUUGGUCAGCCUCUUGCUCUGCAGCCACAAGGAACUGUUAUGCUUACUGCUAAGAAUAUACAGUGCAUGCGAACACUGCUUAACUUGGCACAUUGUCAUGGUGGGUAUCUGGGGACGUCUUGGCAACUUGUGCUUGCAACUCUUCAGCACUUGGUAUGGAUCCUUGGCUUGAAACCCAGCAAUGGUGGUGCAUUAAAACCUGGGAGAGCAGUGGAGGGUCCUAGCACAGUUUUGACCACUGCAGUUAUGACAGACUUGCCUGUGAUCUCCACUAUCCUUUCACGGCUGUUUGAAAGCUCGCAAUACCUGGACGAUGUGUCUCUACACCAUCUCAUUAAUGCACUGUGCUCAUUAUCUCUGGAGGCUAUGGACAUGGCAUAUGGGAACAGCAAGGAGCCAUCUCUCUUUGCUGUUGCUAAGUUACUGGAAACAGGAUUAGUGAAUAUGCACCGAAUUGAAAUCUUGUGGAGGCCAUUGACAGGACAUUUAAUUGAGAAGGUUUGCCAGCAUCCAAACUCAAGAAUGAGAGAAUGGGGAGCAGAAGCAUUGACAUCGCUAAUAAAAUCAGGGCUGGCUUUCAAGCAUGAGCCAGAACUCUCUCAAAACCAGAGGCUGCAGUUGCUUCUCCUAAACCCCUUGAAGGAGCUUUCAGCUAUAAAUCACCAUGAUAUCCGCCACAAGCAAUUGGAAUGUGUGUUACAGAUUUUGCAGAACCAAGGAGAUAGUCUUGGACCUGGAUGGCCACUGGUUUUAGGAGUUAUUGGAGCAAUAAGAAAUGAUCAGGGGGAGUCUUUAAUACGGACCGCUUUCCAGUGCCUUCAGUUGGUCGUGACAGACUUCCUCCCCACAAUGCCUUGCACAUGCCUGCAGAUUGCUGUAGAGGUGGCUGGAAGCUUUGGACUUCAGAAUCAAGAGUUGAACAUUAGUUUAACAUCUAUUGGUUUGCUGUGGAAUAUCUCAGAUUACUUAUUUCAACGAGGAGAAACUAUAGAAAAAGAACUAAAUCGAGAGGAAGAAUUUCUUCAGAUGCAGGCAAAGGAGAAAGGAGUGACUUUAAACCGUCCCUUCCACCCUGCACCCCCAUUCGAUUGCCUGUGGCUGUGUCUCUAUGCCAAAUUGGGAGAACUUUGUGUUGACACGCGCCCUGCUGUCAGAAAGAGUGCUGGCCAGACAUUGUUCUCUACGAUCGGGGCUCAUGGAACUUUACUGCAGCAUCAAACAUGGCAUACUGUCAUUUGGAAGGUUCUGUUUCACCUUUUAGAUCAAGUUCGAGAGUCCUCUUUAACCGCUGAUAAGGAGAAGAUUGAAUCAGGAGGUGGUAACAUCCUCAUACACCACUCCAGGGACACAGCCGAGAAGCAGUGGGCAGAAACCUGGGUAUUAACCCUAGCGGGCGUUGCUCGAAUAUUUAACACUAGACGAUACCUCUUACAGCCAUUAGGUGACUUCUCAAAGGCCUGGGACAUUCUCCUGGAUCACAUUCAGUCCGCAGCUCUCAGCAAAAACAAUGAAGUUUCCUUAGCCGCGCUCAAAAGCUUGCAGGAAAUUUUGCAGAUUGUUAGCCCAACCAGAGAAAUGGACAGGCCAGAGUCACUGCCGGGUAUUUCAGUAACUGUACCUGCUCUUAUCGGGCCAGUUACAGCUGCUGGCCCAGGUAGACCACUGACACGAGCGGACUCUGCAGGAGAGAGACUCAACAGAUAUAAUGGCUCUGAGCAGCCCAUAGCCAUGGAUGAGAUUGAAGACUCUGCUCUGUGGUGGGCUGCCUGGAACACCUGGUAUAGGAUUGGUUCAGAAAGUACAAAGCCUCCAACUACAUGUGACAAACUGACAUUUAUCCCAAGUCAGCCAUUCCUGACAGCUUUAAUUCAGAUUUUUCCAGCUCUAUAUCAGCACAUCAAAACUGCCUUUAACAUGGAUGACCUACAAAAGCUUGGGGUUAUAUUACAUGGGGCUGUGUCGGUGCCUAUAAGCUCGGAUGCCUCUCCUUUCAUCCUCCCCUCUUAUACUGAAGCAGUGUUGACAAGCCUGCAAGAAUCUGUUCUUACAGCCUUGGAUGUCCUACAAAAGGCCAUCUGUGGAGGACCAGAAAAUAUGCAGAUAAUGUAUCCAGCGAUUUUUGACCAGCUGUCUGCAUUUGUACAGUUUUCUUGUAAACCACCUCAGUAUGGCAAACUAGAAACAAAGCACAUCGCUAAUGCCAAAUACAAUCAGAUCCAACUUUUUGCACCGGCAGAGUGGGUCGCCUUAAAUUAUGUACCUUUUGCUGAAAAAUCCUUGGAAGUCAUGGUUGAUCUGUACCAGAAAACAGCAUGUCAUAAAGCUGUAGUGAAUGAAAAGGUCCUCCAAAAUAUUAUUCGGACUCAAAGGGUGCCAUUGAGCCUGAAGUAUGCUUGCCCAUCAGAGAGCACAUGGAAACUGGCCGUCUCCUCCCUACUGAAGGUGCUUUCAGUUGGGUUACCAGUUGCACGACAACAUGCGUCUUCUGGAAAGUUUGAUAGCACGUGGCCUGAACUGGCAAACACUUUUGAAGACUUUUUAUUUACAAAAAGCUCACCCCCAGAUAAUCUUUCAAUUGAAGAGUUUCAAAGAAACGAGAGUAUUGAUGUAGAGGUUGUCCAGUUGAUCAGUUCAGAGAUACUGCCAUAUGCCAACUUUAUUCCAAAGGACUUUGUUGGGAAAAUCAUGACCAUGCUUAAUAAAGGCUCCAUACACUCUCAGUCCUCUUCCUUUACUGAAGCUGAAAUAGACAUUAGGAUGCGAGAAGAGUUUUCAAAAGUGUGCUUUGAGACAUUGCUUCAGUUCUCAUUUAGCAAUAAAGUAACAACACCGCAGGAAGGAUAUAUUUCCAGGAUGGCACUUUCUGUGCUAUUGAAAAGAUCCCAAGAUGUUCUUCAUCGCUACAUAGAUGAUGAAAGGCUGAGCGGGAAAUGUCCUCUGCCAAGGCAGCGUGUAACGGAAAUAAUUUUUGUCUUAAAAGCUGUAAGCACUCUAAUAGACUCUCUUAAGAAAACACACCCUGACAAUGUGGAUGAUAACACUUGGGCCCAGGUGAUUUCUCUUUACCCGACAUUAGUGGAAUGCAUCACGUGUUCUUCCUCUGAAGUGUGUUCGGCUCUAAAAGAAGCUCUGGUUCCAUUUAAGGACUUCAUGCAACCACCAGCAGCUAAAGUACAGAAUGGAGAGUCAUGACUGCUUGGAAUGAUUGUUCUUGAAGACGCGACACAGAGUGUACUGCAGAUGAAUGUUUCCUCCUAAGUGAAAUUAUUUUUUCUUUCCUGAAGGACGCAUUUGAUGAACUACACUGAGCGGCCACCUAGCCUGUGGCUACCUUUUUAACUGCUAUACUAAUGAGCUCAGUCAUUCAUGAAAACAAACUUACACCUCAAUAAAUGUCCCUGUGUGAGUAGCAUUGUGGGCCUUCUGAAUAUAAAUUACGUGCAGUAAAUGAUCGUUUGUUUAACAGACUGAAUGGGUGAGGAUUGAUCUGAACGUGGUAAAAUAUAUAAAAAAA